AUGCAGAACUACCACGCACGCCAACACUCAUCGGGCUCUCUCGAUCACUUCGAACCUGUCAUGGUGACCCCAGUGAUCGGAAACGAGUUCCCCAAGAACACAUGCAACAUCGUGGACGACAUCCUGAAUGCCCCGGAUGCCGACAAGCGCAUUCGCGAUCUCGCGAUCAUGAUCGCCGAGCGCGGCGUCGUCUUCUUCCGAGCCCAAAACAACCUAACAAACGACCUCCAAAAACAACUCAUCCUCCGCCUGGGCGAACUAACCGGCCGCCCAAAAGACCACGGCCUCCACAUCCACCCCGUCACCAACGACGCACGCGAGUUCGGUGACUCGGAUCCAGCCAUCAGUACCAUCAACUCGGAAGGCCGCAAGAAGCUCUACAAGGGGUCUGACUACACGCGCAUGGCAGCCGUCUGGCACAGCGAUAUAGGGUUCGAGAAAGCCCCCGCGGAUUUCUCGUCUCUGCGCUUGAUACAGCUGCCCAAGACGGGCGGCGAUACGCUCUGGGCAUCUGGGUAUGAGAUGUAUGAUCGCAUGAGUAAGCCUUACCGGGGGUUCUUGGAGACCUUGACGGCGAAUCAUGACGGGGUGGGAUUUAGACGGAUGGCGCAGUCGGGGAAGUUUGAGCUUUAUGAGAAGGAGAGAGGGGCGCCGGUUAAUGUUGGCGGAGAGCUUUGUGCGGAGCAUCCUGUGGUUCGGACUAACCCGAUUACUGGCUGGAAGUCCAUAUUUGCUGCUGGAUCUUUCCCCCUGGAGAUUAAUGGCCUCACCCGCAAAGAAAGUGCCAAUAUGCUGCAGCAAUUCCAUGACCUUAUUACCUAUGGUCAUGACCUACAGGUUCGCUUCAAGUGGAAUGAUCCAAAUGAUAUCGCUAUUUGGGAUAACCGGAGCGUUUUCCAUACCGCUACUGGAGAUCAUGAAGGAUUUGGACCCCGGAGUGGUAACCGUGCUGUUGGUGUUGGCGAGAUACCCUUCUUCGACCCAUCUAGCAAGUCCCGGCGUGAGAACUUGGGAAUCGUGGACGACCUAGCUCCUUGCCAUUUAUAA